GCGCUUCCCCCCCCCCCCCCCGUGGCCGGAGGCUCCCCGGGAAGAGGGGCAGUUUUGGGGAGGUCGGGGUUCAAGUUUUUGUAAGGGUGGUGGUGGGGCGAUGGGCGUCACGUGCUGCCCGGGCAGCCCCGCCCCGCAGACAGCCAUUGGCUAGCAGGCCCGUGGGCGGGGCGGCAAGGCAGCCGGUCUGUGCCGCCCUUCGCCAUUGGCCGGACCCGCGGGUCUCCCCGCAAAGCACGGCGGGGGUUGGUGGCGGGGCGGCGGCCCUCAGGCGGAGGGCAGCAUGGCGGGCGGCGAGAGCUGGCGGCCGCCGCGGUCGUGCGAGGACUACUGGUGGGAGUGGAAGCACUGCCGCGGGCUGCGGCACGCCUUCCACCACUACUACGCGCACGGGGAGCUGCCGGCCUGCGGCCGCUGGCAGGACGACUACGAGGCCUGCCGCGCCUGGGAGAGGGGCCGCGCCGCCGCCGCCGCGCAGGAAGCUUUGUGCAAGAGUGAAAGAGCUCGAGUUAUGGAAAAACAGAAAUAUGCUCCAGUGUGGACGCUCAGGAAGAGCCCACCACCAGACUGGUAUCUUCCACUUGAUGAAGACAAACCAAAUUAGCAAGGCUGUUUUGCUGUGUUUGGUCAGUAAUGUAAUACACAACACAGAACUAUGCUGGUUUUUGUUCUUCCGUGUAAUCUUGAAAUUAUACAACUGUAGCUCUGCCUUGCAAUACUUUAGUACUCAUUCAAAAAUACUGAGAGUUUAUUUAAACACCCAGUAUUUUUUAAAGUGAGAAUUGAGGUGCUUAACUUGAUUCUGGUCUCUUACUACUGUCUUACACUUUAGGAUUUAAUUGCAGCAACUUCACAGGCAACUCCCAAAUUAGUGAAUACAUAAUCUAGCUCCUCUUGCUAGACAAGGACCUCUUUCCCUACCAGCCGGUGUUGCACACUUUUGUAACAAGGUACCUGCCCUAAGCCUGCCAAAUGGGAAAGCAAAAGCAAGCUGGGACUCUUCACUGCCAGUUCAGGACAAUCACAACCACUGGUAUUUAAAAGGCAUUUUCCAGAUUCAUGGGUUAAGAGCUUCUCACCUGGUGGGAUGAUGCUGCAGACCCCGAAACUGCAACCCUGCCCAUUUGUGGAACUGUUCUUGGUGGUAUGUGUCAAUGGCAGUACUCAAAAUUGCUACAAAAAUAAAGGUUUAAAUGAA